GCCCUCCGUCGGCUCCCGUGAACCUGCUUUCCACGGUGAAUGGCACUUCGGUCAGCCUGGAGUGGGCCCCGCCUCUGGACAGGGGAGGCCGGACAGACAUCACGUACAACGUCAUCUGCCAGCGUUGUGUGUGGGGCUCAGGACAGUGCGAGGCCUGCGGUGCCGGCAUCCGCUUUGUGCCCCAGCAGACUAACUUGGUCCAGGGUUCCCUGGCCAUUGCCAACCUCUUGGCCCACACGAACUACUCCUUCUGGGUGGAGGCCAUCAAUGGGGUUUCCGAACUGAGUCCCGAGCCACCGAAAUUUGCUGCUGUCAACAUCACCACAAACCAGGCAGCGCCAUCCCAAGUGCUGGCGAUUCACCAAGAGAAUGUGGGUCAAAACAGUGUCACGCUCCUCUGGCAGGAGCCGGACCAGCCUAACGGCAUCAUCCUGGAAUACGAAAUCAAGUACUACGAGAAGGACAAAGAGAUGCAGAGCUAUUCCACCCUGAAGUCCAAGGGCAACAGCACCACCGUCUCAGGCCUGAAGCCUGCGACUCGCUACGUCUUCCAGGUCCGAGCUCGUACCUCUGCUGGCUGCGGCAAGUUCAGCCUGGCGGUGGAAGUGGAGACCACCAAAGCAAUUCCCCGUUAUGACACCACAACCGUUGUCUGGAUCUGCCUCACACUCAUCAGCAGCCUCGUCGCCCUGCUUUUGUUUCUGAUCUGCAAGAAGAGACACUGUGGCUACAGCCAGGCUUUCCAGGACUCCGACGAAGAGAAAAUGCAUUACCAGAACGGGCAAGAUCUCAUCUCUCCUGUCCUUCCCUGGUCCCCAACAGUGAAGUUUCCUGAGUCCAAGUUCUAUGUGGAGCCACAUACCUACGAGGACCCCUGCCAAGCGGUUCAUGAGUUCACACGAGAAAUCGACGCCUCCAGGAUUAAAAUUGAGAGAGUCAUUGGCUCUGGAGAAUCCGGAGAGGUUUGCUACGGCCGCCUGAAGUUGCCCGGGAAAAGAGAGGUGCCAGUGGCAGUGAAGGCUCUGAAGUCAGGCUACACGGAGAAGCAGCGGCGGGACUUCCUGAGCGAAGCGAGCAUCAUGGGCCAGUUCGACCACCCCAACGUCAUCCACCUGGAGGGGGUCGUCACCAAAAGCAAAUUAGUCAUGAUUGUGACGGAGUACAUGGAGAACGGCUCGCUGGAUUCCUUUCUCCGGAAACACGACGGGCACUUUACGGUCCUUCAGCUGGUCGUCAUGCUGAGGGGCAUCAGUGCGGGCAUGCGCUACCUGGCUGACCUGGGCUACGUGCACCGUGACUUGGCGGCACGCAACAUCCUGGUCAACGGCAACUUGGUCUGCAAAGUUUCUGACUUCGGCUUGUCACGAAUCCUGGAGAACAACCCUGAUGCUGCUUACACUACUACGGGUGGGAAGAUUCCAGUUCGAUGGACAGCACCUGAAGCCAUUACCUACCGAAAGUUCUCAUCAGCCAGCGAUGUAUGGAGCUAUGGCAUCGUCAUGUGGGAAGUGUUAGCCUAUGGGGAGCGGCCUUACUGGAACAUGACCAACCGGGAUGUCAUUCAAUCUGUGGAGGAGGGUUACCGGCUGCCGGCCCCCAUGGGGUGCCCCACAGCCCUGCAUCAGCUGAUGCUGGAUUGCUGGCAGAAGGACCGCAAUGAGAGGCCACGGUUCCCCCAGAUCGUCAGCAUCCUGGAUAAGCUCAUCCGCAACCCACAGAGCCUGAAGUGUACAGCCACUGUCAACCGGAAACCCCCACCCAGCCUCUACGUCAGAUGGGAUUUUGAGUUAAGAAGCAACGGGAAUGGAGGAGAUUGUGCCACUGUGGAAGACUGGCUGGAGUCCAUUCGGCUGGGCCGAUACCAAGAGACCUUUGCUCUGGCAGGCUACACUUCCCUUGGCAUGGUGAUGCGGAUGGACAUUGAUGACAUGCGGAGCUUGGGCAUCACCCUCGCUGGACACCAGAGAAAGAUUCUGACAAGCAUCCAGAUCAUGAGAUCCCAGCUGGUCAACACAAUGGGCUCCAGGAGACACCUGUGA